GCUCAAGAAAAUCAACAUGCGCUUUCCAUCAGAAGGUCGGUUCGCAGAUGUAAGUUUUUUUGUACGGGGAUCAGUCACGACUUGAAAAAAUUAGAAGCGGACAGACUCACAUAGCGACGACUGCAAACGCCCGCACAUAUAUGAUAUACACGCGAAUGAGUACCCAACAAUUUUCAUAACAGGCUUCGCGUGACAUUAAUUUUUUUGCGCCACAACGUAAUGUAGUCAGUUUUUCGACAACUUUGAACUGAUUUUGAAAUCCGUUGUGUUUUGUCAGAACAGUUCUUCCAGCAGACCCCAUCCAUUUUAGUUUCGCAAUUCAUCGCCUUCAACAACAUUUCAUCUCACCAGAUUUAAAACUACCAACCGAACACACAGAACAUCUAGUUGGAAACAUUUAGUUUUUCCAUCUCUCAACAAAUCUCUGUCCCUUCGAGUUGUAAGACAUCAAGAUAUCGACAAGAUGGCGAUGUCAAAAGAUGAAUCCGUGUACAUGGCCAAGCUCGCUGAGCAGGCCGAGCGCUACGAUGAGAUGGCCGACUACAUGAGAGACGUACUAUAUCUUUUUCUACUCUACUCUGUAGGUGGGCGUUCGCAUGUGAUGGUUGUGCUCCUUGUUAGCGGGUCCUCAUCCUAGCAUCAGGGACGGUUAUUGCCUAAAAUGAAACUCUUACUCCUUAGACAAAAAACUUUUUCCCUCUAUCCGUAAACCCAAAAAAAUCAUACCACAGGUCUCCAAGGCUGACUCUGGAGAACUCUCGGUUGAGGAGCGCAAUUUGCUUUCUGUCGCCUACAAGAACGCAGUCGGAUCCCGUCGUGCCUCGUGGCGUACGCUUUUCUUUUCAUUAGCUAGAUUUAGACGGGAAAAUAACUUUUGUCCAUCCAUAGUUUUUUAGGCACCUUCCUCAGGGUACGGGAAAAUGACUUUUGUCCAUCCAUGGUUUCGUAUGCACCUUCCUCCAGGUAUCAUCUCCAGCGUAGAGCAGAAGGAGACAACAAAGGGAAACACUGAGGCCGCUGCUCGCGCCGCCCAAUACAGAAUGAAGGUCGAAUCCGAGCUGGACGAAAUCUGUACUUUUGGAUAUUUCUUAGAUUGAGUUUUCGGUGGUGCGAAUUCUUCUGUUUCUGUUCGACACGCUUGAAUAAUAGAAACCACCUAAAUUUUCUGUGUCACAGUAUAAACCAGGACAACUAUCUUGCGGUGAUUCUUGCUCUAGUUUGCUCUUUUCAACAUCAUUCUAAUCCUCAAUAAAUGAUCCUAAUCCUCAGGCGCAAAGAUCCUCACGCUCUUGCAAGACCAUCUUAUCACCAAGGAGAGCCCCCCACCGCCAGGCAAGGAAGAGUCCCAGGUACCAUGCUUUCCUUAGCUUCCAUCGAUUGUACCUGGUAGGACCACGUUUUUGACGAAAUCCAUAGUCUGCAAUUUGCAUCUGAUUCGAACCGCUUGAAGCAAUUUUUCUCAGGUCAUCUGACGCAUCUGACGCUCUUGCCUAUACGCUCACCCCUUCACAGGUGAGUCAACUCCUUUCCUAUCCUAAUUGAAACCACAUAUCGCCAGGUCUUCUACUACAAGAUGAAAGGAGACUAUCACCGUUACAUCGCCGAGUACAAGACCGAUGCCGAAAAGACGAAGGCCUCCGAGGCUGCAAAGGACGCGUACUUCCUCUACAACGUUGAUUAGAUGUUGAUGCUCUUAACGGCUAGUAGAGUUGCGUCUUUUUGGAAAUACUCUGAUUGACUGAUUUAAGCUUUUUGACUGUUUUUGAAAAAACUCUGAUUGACUGAUUUAAGCUUUUUUUAUCAAAAACAUAAACAAUCCAUGUUUCACAACAGGUACAAAGCCGCUAUGCAAAUCGCUGAGUCAGGACUGUUGGUUACCCAUCCGAUCCGCCUGGGUUUGGCUCUGAACUUCUCGGUACUAAUGCAUUUUCUUUUUUAAUUGAAUUUUGUGAUCCUAAAAAUCAUUAUGCAAGUAGAUCCGACAUUCCGUUAGCUUUGGCACUUUUGAGACUGCUCUUUUCUCCAUCACGAAAUAGAGCAGUAGAACUAAAAACCAUCUUGUAUCCCGACUUGUUCUGCCAACAGUGAAACUCUGAGGUGGCAGGGGAAGACGGUACUGCAAGCCUCACUGCCACAAUACUCCCACUAGGAGCUGUGGUCGAGUGACCCGCUGCUUGUGAGAAUCUCCUCUAUCAAAUAGUGCAUAUUAGUCCUAAAUUUUGGUUACAAAACGAAAAUCCCUAUCAUCACCAAUCGAUCCAACUACAGGUCUUCUACUACGAAGUGUUGAACCAGCCGGAAGAGGCCUGCACUAUGGCCCGUAAGGCAUUCGAGGACGCCAUUGCGGAACUCGACAACGUCUCCGAGGACAGCUACAAGGACUCAACCUUGAUCAUGCAGCUGCUGCGUGACAACCUCACUCUCUGGACCAGUGACGAGACGGAGGGUUAA